AUGUUGCUGGAGAAAGUAGCAGCUCUACUGCUCGUCUGCGCAGUAGUAGUAAUGUAUCCCCAUCUAGCCAUGGGUACAUGUACCGAGAAGCACAAGGAGGCCAUCCUGGAGCAGUGCAAGGAGUUCAUCCGUCAUGGACCGCCCCACCCGUUCCCUAGAGAACUGCAUGGCGUCUGCUGCAAGGCCGCAAGAGAUGUCCCUCAAAUGAACAUGCACUGUGUUAUCAAACUGCUCACACCUAGAGAGGAGAAGGAGUACAGCGAAGACAAGGCCGUGUGGCAUAAACUGAUUGCUGCCAUAGAUGAUAUUGGAGUGCAGGGAUGGGAGUAA